GAUUUGUAGAAACCUCUUUAUCAUUUGUUUUCAUCUCGCAUUAUUGCUUAUCAUGAACAGAAAACGUUAAGUUUUUUUCUUUUCGGAAAAGUGCAAAACCAAUGUUGCCAAUGCGUUACAACAAGCGCAAUAUCGGUUUUCACGAUUUUGACAGUUGAACUAUUAUCUAUGCAGUUGAAGCUGAAAACGGAGUUCUUAAAGAGCUAUUGCAGUAGUUGAUCUUAAUUGUUACAGUAAUUUCUAAAGUUAAUAGCGUUUUUGUUUUAAUGAAGUUAAACUUGAGUUCUUCACAUAUUAAUAUUUACAAUAAAUAUGUAAAAAUGUGAACUUCGCCUGCAUCUUAAAAUCAUCAACGUUCAUGAAUAUACAGCCACAGAAUCCAUCAAGUGAAAAACAGAAUGAACUUCCACUAGUAGAAACCAAAUCUUCUACUCCAAAAUCGAGCCCUAGAAGUAGUCCUAGAGCAUCUCCUUUACCCCCCAGAAGGGAAUCUAUCCACCCUGCAGAUGGUCUUAUGAUAAUAUUUAAUUCAAAAGACAGAGACUCAAUCAUUUCCACAUUGAAGCAAGACAGCUCACCUGGAGUUAUCACAAAAAGACGUCAUAACACGGAGAGUCAAGAAAGUAAUAAAAGCCUUAAUAUUGACGGAGCCAGUUCUGAAUGUUUACGUGAAAAAAAAGAAAUCAGAUCGACGGAUAAAUCUAAGAAGAAAACUGCAUGGUACAAUGUUCUCUAUCCAACAUACAAAUCUAGAUCCGAAGAUUUUAAACGAAUUUUUAAGGACGUCCCUGACGACGAACGAUUGGUAGUAGAUUACUCGUGUGCCUUGCAAAAGGAAAUUCUUGUGCAGGGUCGACUAUAUGCGUCGCAGAAUUUUCUCUGUUUUUACGCAAACAUUUUCGGUUGGGAGACCUGUGUAACGUUAAAAUGGCGCGACGUGUCUGCGAUUACGAAGGAAAAGACCGCUCUGGUCAUACCAAACGCCAUCCUCGUCUGCACUAAAGCUGAGAAAUUUUUUCUUACUAGCUUUACUUCCAGAGACAAGACUUUUUUAAUGCUAUUUAGGAUUUGGCAAAAUGCAUUACUUGAUCAGCCUAUGUCAAGUCAGGAAAUGUGGCAAUGGGUUCAUCAAUGCUAUGGCGAUGAAUUGGGUUUGACUAGUGACGACGACGAUUAUAUUCCCCCUGGGACAGACGAAGACAAGUUAUCAGUCCGUCUAUCAGGCGAUUCUUUUUCAGAGGAGUACUCAGGAGGUCUUUGCGAACCGUGUAUUCAAAUGGAACCGACGAGUGUUGAAGAUGAUAAAAAAGACGCAAAUAGCGUCGAUAUCCCACAGACAUUGGAACUACAAACUAAUGGGAAGCCCACCCAGGUCGUCCCCGAAGUCAAUCUUCCUACGGAUAUGUCGGACUCUUCGGAUUCUGAUGACAAGAAUAAAUUUAUCUGCGAUCCAAAAUGCAGUGUACCCCAUGAAGGCAGAACUAUGUUUAAUGAAGUGAUGCCAAUACAUGUAGAUCAGCUUUUCACGCUAUUAUUUACCAGUUCCAAAUUCUUUUUGGAUUUUCACGCUUCUAGAAAAACUACAGAUCUCACUCAAACCGCUUGGACACACAAUGCUGAAAACAACACCAAAUCAAGGGUUGUCAAUCUCACAAUACCACUCAUGCAAACUGUAGGCCCAAAGAGUGCACAAGUAACCGAAAAUCAGAUUAUGCAACCGUGUAGUAAACCAGGCUUCUUAUAUUCUAUUGAUAUAGAAAUUACGAAUGCCGGAAUUCCGUAUGCUGAUAGUUUUUACGUGAUGGCUCACUACUGCCUUCAGAGGGUGUCAGAUACUCAUAGCUCGCUUGUAGUAUUUGCCCAAAUUAAAUACAGAAAAUCUGUAUGGGGUUUGGUAAGAGGUUUUAUUGAAAAAAAUGUUUGGGUGGGCAUGGAAGAUUACUUUUCAACUUUGGCAAAAGCAUUGCAUUUAGAAGGGGAUGAAGUUUUGGGACCCGCAGUGAAACGAAAAUCGAGAAGAAGACGUCACGGACACUCCAUCAUCCCUCCUCCAGAGGCAGAAUAUGUGCCUAUUAAAAGAAAUGAUCUUGUGGCGUCAAGGGAUAAGCGAGGCAGAAGGACAAUACCCACAGAUUUUACUACAAUUCUCAUUUUUGCUGUACUUAUACUCUUAGUAAUUUUAAAUGUUAUGUUGUAUUAUAAGCUGUGGUCACUGGAGGAGGCGCCUCCUUAUACACUUUUAGAUCUUCACAUUUUGAAGGAACCCCCCAAUUCCCAUGAAGAGUGGAUUAAACUGUUACAAAAACAAGAAACUCUUCAUACAAUCGAAAUGCAGAAAUGGCAAAGAGUUCUAAAGACGUCAAUUCAACUUCUUAAACAAAUUGAAGAUUCCCUUAGCGAAUUACAACAUUCCAUUCACCCAACUUACACAAAUAAAAUAAUGUCCGUAAUACAAAACCACAAGGACACGUUGGACAAAGUGCAGGAAGAACUGUAGGUCAAUUUAUAUUAAGGCUAAUUUUAAACUAUUUAUUGUUGGUAUUAGAGCUGUGUUAAUGUUUUAAUUUACAAAUUUUAUCUCCUGUUCCUUCUGUUUUAUUGUAUAGCACGAAUACUGUAGUUAGGUUACAGAGAAAACAAAAUGGCUGUUUGUAAGAUAUCGAAAGUUCAAUAAAACGAAUUUAGAGACACAAUUUUGUGUGUUAAUAUCCUUUCUUAAUAACAGAAAUAAAAUCGUUGGUAAUAUUAUUGUGAAACAUUUUUAAUAAAAUUUAUACUUUUAAGAAAAUUGCUGUUGCAUGUUUCAAACAUGUUAUUAUGAACAACUACAUAUUUUUCGGUUUCUUAAAUCGUUAUCAAGAGUACUUAAUGUAAUAAUAGUAAUAACUUCAAUGGUUUAACUAGUUCUUUUAUAUCUAACAACUGGUAUUAUUCGACACUGUGUGUUUAAAAGUUAUGUGUAAACCCUUCAUAUUACUCUAUUACAGAAAGUCAAACUCUGUUUUUAGUCAUUCGUUUUGUUAUUUAAUUUCUAAAUACUGUAAUACUAAUUUCUCUCCUUUAUCUGAAUGUAUCAGUUUUAUACUAUCAAAAUCUAAUUUAUGUUUAAACACUAUACAAUGAGUACUUAAGCCUUACAGUUUUUUUUUUUUAUUUUAAAUAAAAGUAAAGUUUUCAAAAUAAAUCAUAAAGAUUGCGAUGCAUAAAAAUGUAAAAAAUCUACAAGUUUAAGUACUAACUGUAUAGACUUUAAAUACUAAUUUGGAUAACAAAGGAGAGACUAACCCUAUUGGAGCAAU